AUGGAGCCCGAAGUUCGCUUCCUCCUUCACUGCGUAACCGUCGCACGCGUCGUGCCCACGCUCUGUACCCUCUUCAUCUACCUUCGCCGGCGCGAACGCACCUGCCUCAAGCCCCUCUGGCUCUUCAUCGGCUUCCUCUGGGGCACCGGCUUCCUGUGGUACGCCCACGCCGCCUUCGUCCUCGAGGACCUGCGCCUCGCCGGCCGCAUCCUGCUCGGCUUCGGCGCCGCUUUCGACGGCGUCUUCUUCCUCCGUGAGGACCUCGAGCGCCUCUGGGCCAAGAUCGACCGCGACGACGAGGACCUCCUGCUCCUGUCCUCCCCGCUCGUCCCCCCACCACCACCGCCGACGCCGACGCGACGGCCGUGGACGCGACGGCCUCGCUGGCCUCGCUCGACGUUCGGCCGCUACGGCCCGCCGCCGCCGCGGUACAGCGAGUUCCCGGAGAUGGGGGAGACCGUCGUCGAGCUUGGCACCAUCGACCCGGCCGUGCUGCGGCCCCAGCGAGACCAAGCGGAUGCCCCGAGUGUCAGCAGUUCGAGACGCUAA